AUGCAAAUCUUUAUGGUUCAUCCGAACUUGGAAGUGUCGGAUUGCGACAGUGCCCCAAGCGCUGCCACUAUCAACGACAAAAAACAGACAUAUUUGCACAACCUAAGACGAUUUAGAAAGCUGAUUCAUCGGUUAUCACACGAUGAUUCAGUUAAGACGAUACCAGAUUGGUGUCUUACACGAGAUACCGAGAACAACGUGACGGAAAUCAUCCGCCGCAAUUCGGGCGAAUCUACGUUUGAUACGCAGCAACAUGCAUUCACGGACCCUGAGUCUGAUUCAAGUGACGGUAUUGAUAAUCAUGGAAAGUCGCCUUCUAUGUGUUCUGCUAAAAAACUUGAAUCAAUCAAUACGGUGGAAGAUUUGCCGAUCGAAACAGUACAGAUUACAGAUGAGGAUCAACUUCCAUUCAAGGAAGCUAAGGGGGAUCGGUACCCGGACGGAUCUAGAGUAUAUUAUUUACUAGAUCGUAUGAAUUUACCGAAAGUUACCACAAUGACUCCUGACUUUAAAAAUUUUUUGGCUUUGAAAUACUUCCAACUUACGACGGAUUUGUCCUUGGUGGAAUUCAAAUACAUCGAAAUAUAUUCCAAGAUCAAUAAGAUCAUCAAGGAGUAUUUCUCUAAACCAGAAUUGACUCCAGAAAUUGAGGACGAAGGCUUUUCGAAGGUGAAUGUCCAAAUGGAUCUUUUCCGUAAAUUAGAAAAUGUUUUGGUUCGGUUAAGACGUCUUAGACUGGAAUUUGAAGAUAGAUUUGGCGAACUUUUCCAGAAUCAUGAUGCUACUACCAGCAUAUCCAGUCAUAAUGAUGCCACUAUUCAUGCUCUGGUCAACCGUAAAGCUACCGCUACUCCCACCGCUACUAGGGAUUCGUUUUGA